GACAACAACGCGCUAAAAAUGGCUGCCAAGUAUCAAAUCGUUCUCAUCCGCCACGGCGAGAGUCAGUGGAAUGUGGACAAUCGCUUCACGGGCUGGCACGACGUGCAGCUGUCUGCCAAGGGCGAACAGGAGUCGCACGAUGCCGGCAAAGUGCUGAAGGAGGCAGGAUUUAAGUUCGAUCUGGCCUACACGUCGGUGCUCAAGCGUGCCAUUAAGACGCUGUGGAACAUCCUGGAGGAGACGGACCUCAUGUGGAUCCCCGUUAACCGCUCGUG